CGUGUCGCGCGGGAGGGGAAAACGUGGUUUGGAUUGUGUGCGAAUAGGAAGCCUUUCUGAGAGGGGAGACGUUACGCCGCAGCGACUGUCAAAAAAAAUGGCCGGAGACUGGAAGCCUGGUGAUCUGAUUUUUGCCAAAAUGAAGGGCUAUCCUCACUGGCCAGCGAGAAUCGAUGAAGUCCCGGAUGGUGCCGUAAAGCCAUCCAACAUCAAAUUACCCAUCUUCUUCUUCGGUACCCAUGAAACUGCCUUUCUGGGCCCCAAAGAUAUAUUUCCGUACCAACCCAACAAGGAGAAGUAUGCCAAACCCAACAAGAGGAAGGGCUUCAACGAAGGACUGUGGGAGAUUGAGAACAACCCCAAAGUGGAGCUGACGGCACCCAAGCCGAUUCGUCCUGAAAUUUUGUCAGAGAAGGAUUCAGACUCUGGCCUAGAGCGACAGGAUGAGGUGGAUGAUAAGGGAAGAAACUCACCAAAUGUUCCAGGAAGGGAGGCUGAGGUGGAGGAAGAAGGGCCUAUGAUCUCUGAGCAGGUUCUUCAGAACCAGGAUGAUUCAUCCCAGGUGGAUGCUCCUAAACCUAAGAGAGGACGAAAAAGAAAGAAUGAUGGUGAGCGGGAGACUGAUGGCGCGGAAGCUCCCCCAGCAAGUCCAAUGAGUCCUGCAGGUGAGGAUGCACCCAAACGACGAGGCAGGAAGCCCAAAAAUGAAAAGUUGCUUCAGCUGCAGCAACACGACCGUCCAGGAUCAGGGAAUGAAAUAGACAUGGCUGAGUCGGACAAAAAGAGGAAGAGGGCGGCGGAGGACAAGUCCAAGACGCUCGAGGAGGACAAGCGAAGGAAGGACGACAUGAAAGCCAAGGACGGCGACGGGAAAGAGCCCGAGACCAAGAAGAAGAAACAAUCCAAAGACGGCAGCUCCUCGGGCGCCUCUGAUGAUGACGAGAAAAACAAAAGCAAGAAAAAACAUCAGAAUGCUGACAUGGACAAGGACGCACGCCGGCGAAAAGAGGAAGCAAACAAAAAUGAAGCCAAGAAAAAUGAAGAGCGCUCAGGCGUCAAGAAAAAGGAAAUCUCCACAGAUGUGAAGCUCCACCGUCUGCACAGUGAAAUCAAGAUUUCGCUGAAGAUAGACAAUCCUGAUGUGAAGAAGUGCCUGGACGCCCUGGAUGAGAUCAGCACCCUUCAGGUGACCACUCAGCACCUGCAGAAGCAAAGCGAACUCAUCGCCACACUGAAGAAGAUCCGCAGGUUCAAAGCCAGCCAGGAUGUCAUGGACAAAGCCACCAUGCUGUACAACAAGUUCAAGAGCAUGUUCCUUGUGGGCGAGGGCGAGUGCAUGCUGAGCAAGGUGCUCAACAGGUCCUUAGCCGAGCAGCGGCAGCACGAGGAGGCCAAGAAGGGAACGCUUAGGAAAGCUGAGCAAGCGCAGGAAAACAGCACGGGGACAGACAAGCCCGGCGAAGGAGAUCAAAGCGCCGAGGAGAACAAGCAGGAGCUACGAGAAGAUGCUUCGCCGGGAGAGAACCUCAGUGCUCCCGUGUCCCAGGAGGUCUCCACCUGACUCACCUCAACUGGUCCCUCAAGGUCUUCACACUGGGAUGUUCCGUCUAGUUGCUUUUGACUGAGCACCUUAACUGGUUUCCACGUUCAUGACCUUUGUCGUCAAAGUCGCUGCUUCAAGUUACCAGUCCUUUAGUAGUCGUGCUAGUUGAAGCCGACGCAGUUCGUCAGCUUUUACUUAGGGAAGAGAAGAAAAUGUUGAACUCCAAAGUUUUUUUUUUUUUUAAAUGCAGUUUCUUUUAAACGUGUAAAUAAGAGUUAUUUUUGUGCCUUUUGGUUUGAACUGUUUCAGCGUCAAAUAAACUAGUGCAACGUUC